UGCCAGUGAAUUUGACAAUCAAAAGCAGAGAAGUUCCGUAAAAAAGCGCUGCAUUUGUUAACUUUCUGCUGCUUCGCUAGUAUCGCACAGUUUUUUGUGAUUUGGAAAAUUUUUGAGAAUAAUAAACAUACGGGAGGCAGUUCUUUUUGUGAAAAUUAAUAAAUUUUUUCUAAUUAUCGCCACAAAUCAAGUUCGUAUAGUGUCUCCCGCUUUAAUCAGUACAGUGAAUGGCCGCGAACGUGAGUUACGCCGAAUAAAUUGAAUGCCUAUCUGUGGAAAAACUAGUGCUGGUGGGACAUUUUCUCGAAUUUCCACAUUUGUGUCAUAUACAUACAAAUAUAUAUUUUCAAGAAAAGUGCUGUGUCUACAGUCAAGUUUUCAUACGUAGUAUAUUUUGAGAAGUUAAAAACUAAUUAUUGAAAAUCUCGAGUAGGAAGAGUAAAGGACCUUUCUGUCUUGUGUCUAUUUAUUGAUAAAGCGCAAGAAAAGUUGACAAAAAACAAAAAAAAAAAAAAAUCACCAACAAACUACAAUUAAAGGGGGUGUGUAUGCUUCUUCCAAUUGUAAAUACACAAGAGUGGAGUGUACUAUAAAACGUGCGUCAGUUCAGAUUGGUCUCAUGAAUAACAAGUCAUCUUCACCUAUGCCCGCAAACUAACUAUAUUUUAUGUGUGAUCUGAUUGGGGAAAAAAUAUAUAUUUAUAGAUAUAUACCAACUUGAAUAUUAUUGAGAUUACUGUGGAUUAUUAUUACUUUCCAUUUACAUACAUACAUAUGUAUACAAGUAUAUGCGCGCACAUGGAUAUGCAAAUUUAAAACCAAAUCAUACAUACAAAAAAUUAUACACACAUUCAUAUAUUUUAUAAAACAUUCCUUGGACAACUACGCAAUAAGAGUCUAAGUUAAAGAAACAUUGGAAAAUGUUCAGCCCUGAUUAUGAGAAACGUAUUCUGAAACAUUGUAGUCCAGUCGCACGGAAUCUCUUCAACGCAUUUGAGGCGGCUUCAACAUCCACAUCACUGGAUAGAUUUAUACCAUGCAGGGCUAACAACAAUUGGCAAACAAAUUUCGCAUCCAUAAAUAAAUCGAAUGAAAAUUCCACACAAACAAGUAAAAAGCAACGUGACUGCGGUGAGUCUGCACGUGAUAGCUUAGCAUAUUCCUGCCUGUUAAAGAACGAACUUCUGGGCACCGCCAUAGAGGACGUGAAGGCGGUUAGUGAUGAGCGCAAUGAGAACACCUACACACCAACAGCGAAAAGAAGCCUUUUCAAGUAUCACUCAGCGACAAAGCAGGAUUUCAACGAGCAAUGCCCCUACUCGCUUUCACCAGUCAGUACGAAGAGCCAAAAACUACUGCGAUCACCGCGCAAAGCAACCAGAAAAAUAUCACGGAUACCAUUUAAGGUGUUAGAUGCGCCCGAGCUGCAAGAUGAUUUUUAUUUGAAUUUGGUCGAUUGGUCAUCACAAAAUGUGCUCGCCGUCGGCUUGGGAAGUUGCGUUUAUCUGUGGAGCGCAUGUACUAGUCAAGUAACACGCCUAUGCGACCUUAACACCGAUUCGAAUACCGUGACAUCGGUGUCAUGGAAUGAGCGUGGCAAUUUGGUGGCCGUCGGUACGCAUCACGGCUUCGUCACCGUUUGGGAUGUGGCUGCCAGCAAACAGAUUAAUAAGUUGACUGGCCAUUCAGCACGUGUAGGCGCUUUGGCGUGGAAUGGUGAAAUUUUGUCGAGCGGUUCACGUGAUCGUUUGAUAAUACAACGCGACACCCGUACGCCUGUUCAACAAUCUGAACGCCGUUUGGCAGGCCAUCGACAAGAGGUUUGCGGUCUUAAAUGGUCACCGGAUAACCAGUACCUAGCGAGCGGUGGUAACGAUAAUCGUUUAUAUGUCUGGAAUCAGCAUUCACUUAAUCCAGUACAAUCGUAUACGGAACACACCGCAGCAGUAAAAGCCAUUGCCUGGUCACCACAUCAUCAUGGUUUAUUGGCUAGUGGUGGUGGCACUGCCGAUCGUUGCAUUCGUUUUUGGAAUACCUUAACAGGUCAGCCAAUGCAGUGUGUCGACACCGGUUCACAAGUCUGCAAUUUGGCAUGGUCCAAACACUCAUCUGAGUUGGUGUCCACGCACGGUUACUCACAAAACCAAAUAUUGGUGUGGAAAUAUCCCUCACUGACACAAGUGGCCAAACUGACAGGACAUUCUUAUCGUGUACUGUAUUUGGCAUUAAGUCCGGAUGGAGAGGCAAUCGUGACGGGUGCUGGCGAUGAGACAUUACGAUUUUGGAACGUAUUUAGUAAAGCGCGCAGCCAGAAAGAGAAUAAAUCCGUAUUGAACUUAUUUACAAAUAUUAGAUAAACAACGUAAGAGUAGGGAAUCGCACCAAAUCGGGAUUUAAAAGCGCGUUAAUUGAGCUCAUUUAUAGGUAGCUAAUACUGGUAUCUCACAAACUUAAGAAACCACUAUAAAAAUAACAAAAAAUACCUAACAGCAUAGCUGCUAAUAUUUACAAUAACACAUUCAAAAAUAGCUGUCAAAAAUAGUUGGCAAAAUUUAAAAUGUAUUGGAGCUUAGAAAAACAAAUUAAACAUAAUUAAGUGCCGCUUGUUUGAAAGUUGAAAUAAGUUUGGCUGCUGCAUACACCAGCGUGCAAAAAUAUACACAAGCAUAAAUCUGCUAAAAUGUCAAAUAGAGCAACUGCUAAAGGAGGCUUCACAAAUAAUGCAAGUUUUUUGACGGUUUGUGUGGCGAAGUUAACAAAAAGCUGUAAUUAUUUUUGAAGUAAACUUUUUUUUGUCUAUUUGUAUUUGUGUAUGACCAAUUGUGAUGCGUUUAUUUAGGCUUUUUCUCAAAAAAUUAUACAUUUUCGAUUUGAACUCUCCUAGUACUUAAAUUGUGUGCUGAAAAAUCUUUAAAUUGGUUUUUUUUUUCCUAACUUUCUUCAACUUUCGUCAAAUGCCCAAGCAGUGGCUUGCUUUUCCAAAUACUAUUUGUAGAAAAAAUGAGCGCAUAGGGAUGAAAUAAUAUAAAUAGAAUAUAUAAUAACAGCUGUUCCUAAUUCUCCGUAACUAAAUUUAUUUGUGAAUUAAAUAUUAUUUUUUUUUAAACAGAUUUCCAAAAUAUUCAAUGACACUUAAAUUGAAAAUCAGUUCAUAGCUGCAUAAGAGUAUGCAAAAUAUUUCGAAUGAAUUGAAAAUUUGAAUCGACUAUAUAAUUUAAGCGUGCAAUCUUAAAAUUUAAUAUUUCAAAUUAUUAAAAUUACUUUUAAGCACAAAGGACAACUUCGUUAAACACAACAAGAGCUAUAUUUGUUUGAGGCUUAAAGCAUAUUUUGGAGAAGAAUUGGCGGCCGUCAUAGCCGAUUGCGUGCCGGUUCUGCCAUGAAAAAGCGCCUCAUAACCUCAAAAUCAUCUGUUAUGCCUGGGCGGCUUAAAACUAUACGUUCCUACAUUUGUGGAACAAUAUGAAGACGUACGCCACAAAUAUGAAAAGGCGAUCGAGCGAACAGUCAAAGAGGUUACACCCUCCAUUUAUAUAUAAAUAUAUUUGUUGCUCUUUAUAUACGCAAAAAUGAUGUACCAGAUGCAAAAUUAAAACAAAAAAAUACAAUUUUUUUUUAAUUAAGAAAAAAAUUCAAAUUCAAUAUAACAAAUAUGGUCGCAAAUACCUCAUUGGUACUCGUACAUCAUAAGCGAUUGCAUUUCUAAAGCUAGAACUCUGUACCCUCUCAGCUAUGAAUAAAGAGCUGAAACCCAUAGCGCCGCGCAAGUUUAAUACGUAGCUCUAGCUUUAGCCACAAACAAAUACUUGCACCUCAACAUGUUUAGGUGUUUAACUAAUUUGUCCUUUGUUUAAUAAAUAAUAACCUUAUUAGUGUUAGAUUUUCGCAAUUAUUACAUAUACAUACAGAGGUAUGUAACUAAUUAUUUAUUACAAUUGUAAGUUAAAUAACUUAUCAUAACACACUUGGAGUUGUCCUCCACCCUUUUAACAAAUGAGCCAACCAAAUUUACUAUACGACUACACUUUGGCCACACCAAAUUAGUCGGCAUGAAGUGAGUUUUUAUUUGUCAAAAGCGCUGGUUGUUAGGUGCUCUAGUGUGACCUCGCAUCUAAGCAUGCAAACGCACUGAUAACAUAAAAUUACACUGUAACUAAGCCUAUAUUAGACCACUUAUUUAUAGAAUUGCAUUAAAAAUACUUUGUAGAUAAAAAAUUAAUAUUUCAAGUUUCGUGGAAAAUUUGAGUCAGAAAGCAAAUUAGAUGGAAGCGCUUAGAAAUCGCUAUAAAUAGACUGGCAAGUAACGUAUUUGAAUUACCCAUUACAUUACUUGCUAAUAUUGGCUAAAAAAGUGAGACAAAAAAUAAAUAAAUAAAUGUAGGGAUUAUGAUCUUCAGCAGUAAUACAAGGCAUAUGUUUUCGAAAGAAUUUCUUCAUAAAUAGUUGACUACCUAUAACCACGUACUUUACUCACAACUUUGCAAGAAUUUUCAUUAUCCUCAAUUUUAAAAUAUUUUAUAUUUGUGACUGCAAAGCAUUGUGACUAAAAUAAAUUUGUUUAAAUAACUACAUUAAAUAACUACAUAUACAUAUAUAUUUGUUCUUAUUUUUAUACAAUUUUGUCCAAUUUAUUUUUAAUUAUUCAUCAAUUUGUUUGCAUUUUGCUCAAGAAAUUUAUUGACAUAAUUUCAAGUCACAUUCUAUUUUUUAUAAUAUUUUGUUAAUACUUUUUUCUCUUUUCCUGUCGUUAACUUCGUAUUGCUACCUUGCAAAUGUGAGGUUAGCAAUGCAAUUCAAUUAAACACACAUAUAUUAUAUUUAGCCAAUUCUACAAAUAUCGUUGAUAUCAUUCACCUCACCUCAAAUCGCACUUUAAUCGCCACUUCACUACUAAAUUAAAUACUUUAGUUACUUUUUUGAAUGCGUGUAAACGUAUUAUAAUUAUAUAUAUUUUGUAUAUAUGCAGGUUCUACCUGAAAUAUAGUCACAUGUAUGUAUGUAAUAAGAAUGAAUUUGAACAUGCUGAAAGAUGUACAAUAUUUUGAAUUAUUGAGCUGGAUUUAUAAAUGUAAUAAUUUUAAUAUUUUAUUGGAUGGAAAAUAAAUUUUAAAGUAAAUGUG